AUGUCUGUGACAAGCGCCGGCGACGGCAAGGUGACGGGGUUGACGUAUAGCUCCGAGUCCGUCAUGGUCAUUGCCUGCUCGGCUUUGGCUUUGUACAACGGCCUCGAACUCAUCGCACUCAUCUUCACAACGUUCAAGCACCGCCGAGGACUCUACUUCUGGAGUCUUCUACUCGCGGCGUUUGGCGUCGUGCCCUACACCCUCGGCUGGCUGAUUGACUACUUUGAUCUCGUCGUCAGGUAUGUCGGCAUGGCCAUCUGCAGCGUCGGCUGGGUGCUCCUCAUCAGCGGACAGUCUGUCGUGUUAUACUCGCGACUCCAUCUAGUUCUCAGAAACAUUCAUAUCCAGCGCGCAGUGUUUUGGAUGAUUGUUUUUAAUGGAGUUACGUGGCAUACGACUAUGACUGUGUUGCUAUUUGUUACGAGGUCUUCGUCAAGCAUGAAUGGCAGUCAGACUACGCCUCUGUACAAGAUGAUGGAGAAGGUCCAGAUGACUUUUUUCUGCGUCCAAGAGUUCAUCAUCUCGGGGUUGUAUAUCUGGAAAACGGUCGACAUCCUCAAGACGUCGUUUGGAAGCAAGCGCAAGUUCAUGUGGCACCUCUUCAUCAUCAACCUCGUCAUCGUGGCCAUGGACAUUGCUCUCUUGGUCAUCAUGUACAAGAAUCACUACACGCUGGAGCAAGGGAUAAAAGUGGUCGUCUACUCGAUCAAGCUCAAGCUCGAGUUUGCAGUUCUGGGCAAGUUGGUCGAAUUUGUGCAGAACCGCGGCGGCUCGAAUCCCUCAGGUCCAGAAUCACAUCACCAUACGGGCGGGUUCGUCGAGUUAUCAGGAAGCAGGCCAAAAGUUGGAAAGGUACGCUCCAGGAGCAAUCCCGAGCCGGAGACUGUGUAUCUUGAAGAAUUGCCGUCAUCGCGGAGGGGAAACGAGCAGAUUACUGUGACGACAAAGAUUGAGAUAGAGCAUGAGAGGAGCGGGAUGGAGACGGGGGAUGAUGAGAGUACGGAUCAGCUGUAUGAUGCUGCGAUUAAGCAAAUAUCCAAGGGAGGGAGCUGA